AUGAUGGAAAUCAAGUGUCGCUGGCAUUAUGCAUAUCCCCACUGUAAAUACAGGGGAAUUAACAUUGAAUUUCUACAUUUUGGACAUCUGAACACAUGCGUAGGGGGGGAAUAUCACGAUACAAAAGUGAAAUGCCCUUCAGGUACUCAAGCCCCUGCCGUGAUCUCCUUUCGCAAAUCCCCAACAAAGAUGUCAAUACUUACCCCUUUUCCUUGCAUUAGCCUCUGUCUCAUCAUCAUUGCCAUCAUGGUUCCUCUUUCGCUUCCUCUCUGUACUGUCCAUAUCACCAAUAUAAUCUGCCUCUACCUUCUUAAGAGCCCUCUGCUCAUGGCACACUACAUCAAUGAAUCUCUUGAUACCCCCUGCGCCCUCAAAUUGAUAUGUUGCCCAGGCCUCUUCAACGACCUUUCUAACCUUUGUCAUCUCAGCUCUGCCAAUAUGGAGAUCUUCGACUUCUUUCUCAACCUCUUUGAUGUCUGUGUCUUCAGUGUACUCGUCGCUAGAUUUGUCCCCGCCCUCGGCACCACCUCUGUCCUCCUCUUCCCCACCGUCCUCCUGAACUUCAUCGAGAUCGUUCUCUGCAGCCAAAACCUCAUCAUUCCUGGAAGCCAGACGCGAAGAUCUUCUGUUCCGCAAUGUGCAUCCUCGCUUCUUCCAAACGUAAUGAUCUUCGCCGACCUUGCCCACCCUCUUCGACUUGCAAGUUCUCGACUGCUUUCGAGUUCUUACGACCUUGUACUCUGACUGGAUCUGGUAUCUGUACGAUUUCGCUCGGUGGCGUCGACGAUUCAGGCAUUGAGGACAAGAGGCUAGAAGAAUCUAGAAUUGGAGGGUGGCGUUUGCCAUUGAGAGAGAUCGGUGGCGUUGGGCUCGACGGAUCCAAGAUGAUAGGUAUAGGUGUGGAUGUGGGGGAAAUCGGGGACGCUGGUGAUAUCACCAUAUUGGGCGAAGGGGUCACAGGGCUGGAAUCAUGAUAGCUGUCUUCGUCCCGAUCCUCUUCUCCGUCGAUCGAGAUGGAAGAUUGGGGGGAUACGUAGGUGUUGGAGUUUAGUCUAAAAUUUUCGUCGGAUAGUCUAUUUGGGGUUGGCGUCAGAUUGAGAUGGUGAGAUCGGCUUGAGCCUCUUGGUCUGACCGGCAUGUUUGAUUCCUUGGUAGGCUGUCGUGGUGUGGUUGGAUCUGCCAUCUUCAUUUCUUGUUUCGGCCACUGCAAAUAGGAGGGACUCUGGAGAGGGAAAACCAAAAUCGAAGAUGAUGAAAUAAAUUCUGGCUUGAUGACCCGCUGGGAGGUGGAGCUGAUAUUUAGCAUUACGGAAUUGAGUAUACCAGACUGGGAGACAAGCAUCCGGUGAAACAUGUUGUUU